GUGAAGACAAUGGACAAGGGAGAGGAAAACUCUGCCAGCGAGGAAGAAGCUCACAUUGUCACGGAAAAUACAGAGGAAUGUCUUCCAGAGCUGGAGAAAAAAGAGAAAGAAGCUGAGUAUGUCAUAAAAAAUAUCCAGUGGACCACAGGCAGCAGCUUCACAGUGGAGAGAGGACGGCAGCAGAUUGAGGAACUCAUUUCUACUUGGGAGGUUCACGAAAGCUGGCUUCACUGGUCAGAAUUUCUCCAUGAAGAAGAACUGCAGUACAGCAAGAGGUACCAUUACCGAGUUCUCUGGAGCAUCCCAACACGCAGAAAACCCAUCCCACGAGCAACAGCAAGCGUCUACUUUGUUAUAGAGAUCUCCAAAAUCAAACCUGCUACCUUGCCUGUGGAGGUAUUCUUCACUCUGGAGUCCAGCAGGCUCAUUCACAGGCCCGAACAGUGUCGGUUCAGAGAAAAGUGGCUUAAGGACAUCAUUGAAAAUAAAAUAAUCCUCAUGGAAAGACUGACUUCCUAA